GGCUCCUUUAAAAGCAAUACACUUUCCUUUAGUCGUUGCCUGAGCAUCGAACCAAUUCUGGCAGUUAUGCACCUUGGUGCUUAAAGUCUGUUUACUUGUUUGCCUUCGUCUCAUCCAUCAUCUGUUUUAUCCAGGAGCCUGAUCUGUUUUCCUGUUGGAGGAUUCUGCCGAGAGAGCUGCAUUGGGUUUUGUUUACCUGACUAACCUGCCUGGCUUAUUCCAUGUAAAAGAUUGUGGAUUUUCUUUCACUUUGUUUGUAUAAAACAGAACAGAUCAGAUCCUCAUACAAGAAUAUCAUUGUGGGAAGAUGCUUACAAGGAAACAAUUAGUUUUCUUGGUCUUGCUGUGUGUCACUGCCAUUGGAGUUUUUUCUAGAGCUUCAUGGAUUUUAUCUGUGUACCAGAAUUCCUCCUUCCCUCAGAAUGGAAGUGUUUGUGCAUGUAACAAAUGUUUAAUGGAAUAUGACCCAUGGCUUAGUGAACUUAUGAAAGACUCUCCUGAGCCCUUUUUAUCACCCACAAACAAUAUCUCAGAGGAUACAUUUAACUGGUGGAAGGGCAUACAGUAUGACAGACGCAACUUCAAUUUCUACAAUAAAACAGUGGAGAAGGUGUUUCAGAUCUUCCCAACCAAAGUCAAUUUCACAAGAUCCCGCCCUGAUGUUUGUAGGACUUGUGCUGUUGUUGGGAAUUCUGGUAAUCUCAAAGGAUCACAUUACGGACCAUUGAUAGACUUUCAUGAUAUUGUCAUAAGAAUAAACCGUGCCCCUACAAAAGGCUUUGAAAGAGAUGUUGGAAACAAAACAACAUACCAUGUGAUGUAUCCAAACAGUUACAAAAAUUUGGACAACACCACACAUCUUGUGUUUUUUCCAUUCAAAAUCUAUGAUCUACAGUGGCUCAUUCAGUCCUUUACACAAAGGCAAAUAAGAGCUGCUAAAUCGGGUUUGAAAGCUAACAAGGAUAUGGUGAUGAUCCUUAGUCCAGCUUUCAUGAAAUAUGUCCAUUGUGUUUGGCUAAAACGGAAGGGCAAGUAUCCAUCCACUGGCUUUAUGACUUUGAUUCUCAGCUUGUACAUAUGUGAUGAGGUAGGUUGAUGAAACAGAUCAUAAUUUAUAGUUACACCAUUGAUUGUUUUUUAAUUUGCUUUGGAGAUUACAUUAAAGCAGUGAGAAAAUUUAAAGGUUAAUCCAGACAUCCCAAAAUGUUAUGUCCACAUAUUCAAUUCAAUUCAAUUUUAGUUUUAUAGCGCCAAAUCACAACAACAGUCACCUCAAGGCACAUUAUAUUGUACAGUAGAUCGUUCAAUAAUAAAUAUAGAGAAAAACACAAACACUCAUGUGAUCCUCUAAGAGCAAGCACUUUAGCGACAGUGGGAAGGAAAAACUAUGCUUUACCAAAAAGGAAAGUUUUAA